UGUAGCCAAUGAACAAACGAAAGCAAAGAGACUGGUUGAAACCAUAGAAACGAAAAGGAAGUUUACUGCCACGGUAUCUUAAACCAUCUUCGGGUAACAUUAAGUUACGGAAAUUAUUAACAAUUUGUACAUUUCGUUGCGUGAAACUCAAAACCCCGCAUAGCAUUGUUCAGAUAUAUACUCAGAUGGAAAAUGAAAGUUAUUUGACUUGUUUUGGUUGCGUAGUUUAGUAUUGUCAUAGCUUCUUUAGUCGGAGUUAGCCUGACAGCUAACGUUAAUGCUCGGCGGCUGGAAAUGUUUAAAGCAAAAAUACUCUUUAUCGGUCCCAAUGAGAGUGGGAAAACGGUUCUUGCUAAUUUUCUCUCAGACACAGCAGAUGUCGGAGGUGAAUACAGACCUACUCAAGGAGUAAGGAUACUGGAAUUUGAAUCACAACCGGAAGGCAGUCGCGACAAUGCGAAAUGUGAGGUUGAACUUUGGGACUGUUCGGGAGAUUUUAGAUUGGAAUCAUGCUGGCCUGCACUCAUAAAGGACUCCAGCGGUGUGGUGAUCAUUUUUAAUCCUGAUGUUCCAAGUCACCUCAAAGAAAUCGAGACGUGGCAUUCGAUGUUUAUCUCCUCUCAAGGUUUGCAGGACAACCAGUGUUUACUCAUGGCUCACCACAAGCCUGGCAGCGGAGUGGAAGAUACACGGCUGCCUUUAGCCUCACAUUUGGGAAGACUGCCGCUUAUUCACUCCAACCUGGAGGAGGAACCAGAAGAUGUGAAGCAAGCUUUCUGCAGAUACUUGGGAAGUGUUGUGAAUACAAUGUCAGAAAGUCGAGAAAGAGAGGAGAUGUCCAUCAUUACGUAGCAGCAAAAUCCAUAAAAUAUGCAGCCGAAUUAAAUAUUUAGUUGGCGUCGGCAAUGUCUGUUUAAGUGACAUUUAUGAGCACUUCCCAUUAUUAAUGAUACAUCUUUGCUGUCAUGAAAUCUUCCACAACCCCUUGCAAACUUUUUAUACUUAAAUACUUUCCUACAGUUGUGUUUUCUUUGUGUCUUGUGAAUAAAAUAUGUCCUAACUCACUCACUCCUGGGAAUUAAUACUCAAGAGACAGCAAAUAUAGUUCUCAGGUUUGAGACAUUGUUUAUUUGAAAAUGUGAUGCAGGUU